AUGGAAAGUUUUAACGAACUGGCAGAGUGCACUGUGCAAAUGGACUUCACUUUGCACAAGAGCAAGUUUUCAUCGCGGGGUCCUGCAACCUCCGGAGCACCCGGGCACCACGCUUCUCCUCUCGCCCGUGUACAUCACUCCAAACCCGCUGACAGCAGUAAGAUGGCGGACGGAGGCGCUCAGUGUUUCUACUGCAGAGACGACCUCGCAGGGAAGAGGUUUGUCCGGAACGAGGGCCGCCCGGUGUGCGUCCGCUGCCACACCAAGUUCUGCGCCAACACGUGCCACGAGUGCCACCGCGCCAUCUCCGUGGAAACCAAAGAGCUGACCCAUAAGAACCGCCACUGGCACGAGGACUGCUUCCGCUGUGCUAAAUGCUACAAGCCUUUGGCCAAAGAACCGUUCAGCACCAAAGACGACAGGAUCCUGUGCGGAAAGUGCUGCUCGCGAGAGGACGCUCCCCGCUGCCACGGCUGCUACAAACCUAUUCUGCCCGGCUCCGAGAGCAUGGAGUACAAAGGGAACUCGUGGCAUGAGGACUGCUUCACUUGCUCCAACUGCAAACGACCAAUCGGAACGCAGAGUUUCGUCUCCAAGGACAACGACAUCUUCUGCAGCUCCUGCUACGACAAGAAGUUCGCCAAGCAGUGCUUCAGCUGCAAAAAGGCCAUCACCUCUGGAGGCGUGACGUACCAGGAGCAGCCGUGGCACAGUCACUGCUUCGUGUGCGCCUCCUGCUCCAAACCUCUCGCCGGGACCAGCUUCACAAACCACCAGGACCAACCCUUCUGCGUGGACUGCUACAAAAGCAACGUGGCCAAGAAGUGUGCCGCCUGCCAAAACCCCAUCACGGGGUUCGGAAAAGGCAUAAACGUCAUCUCCUUUGAGGGCUGCUCUUGGCACGAAUACUGCUUCAACUGUAAGAAGUGCUCCCUGAGUUUGUCCAACAAGCGGUUCGUGGCCAACGGCAAAGAAAUCCUCUGCUCCGACUGCGGCAACAAGUGA